AUGGGUGUUCUCAGCUGCCCGCUGGCCGCCUUGUUCCUGGUUCUCGUGCUGCCCCUGCUGGAGGGUGCUGAGGAGUUCCAGUCAACCUGUGGGCAGUCAGUGGCCUCCAGCCGUAUCGUAGGAGGGCAGAAUGCCCAGAACGGGGCUUGGCCCUGGCAGGCCAGCAUUCAAUACAAAGGAUUCCACAUCUGCGGAGGGUCCCUCAUCACAGGGGAAUGGGUGGUGUCUGCGGCUCAUUGCUUCAAUCGGAAUCUGCCCCUCACUGGUUACUCUGUUUCCCUUGGGAAAUACCAGCUGAAUAUCCAGAAUGCAAACACCUUCACCUCUGCUGUGUCACAGGUCAUAAUCCACGGCGACUACAACCCCAGCAGCUAUGCCUCAGACAUAGCCCUGGCGCACCUAAGCAGGCCCCUUCUAUACACCGCCUACAUCCUCCCCGUCUGCCUUCCUGACCGCAAUGAUUCCAUCGCGAAUGGCACCCUGUGCUGGGUCACCGGCUGGGGGGAUGUCCAGAUGAGUGAAAGUCUCCCUGCUCCCCGCACUCUGCAGGAGGUUCAAGUCUCACUCAUGGAUGCUGAGAUGUGCAAUGAUCUCUAUAGCAAACCCAUCACAGGGUCCCCGGGAUCGCGCCCCAUCAAAGACGACAUGGUGUGUGCUGGCUACACCAGAGGAGGGAAGGACUCAUGCCAGGGGGAUUCUGGGGGACCCCUCGUUUGUUCCCAGGCUGACUCCUGGUUCCUGAUCGGCAUCGUGAGCUGGGGAGAAGGCUGUGGCCUCCCCUACCGUCCCGGGGUCUAUACCCGGGUCUCCGCCUACUCCGACUGGAUCCAGCAGCAGCUCCCCAGUGUGGAAUCCGGGGUGGUGAAUGUCACCAUUAGGAGUCAUCCUAAUGCUGGCUACACUCCAGCGCCCACUCUCCUGCUCCUCGGCCCCCUCCUGCUGGCCAACGCUGCCCUGGGGAUAGGGCCACUGCUUGGUUUCUGA